AUGGCUAAACUAUUUAAUCGAGUGCCAAGUAUUGCGGAGAUUAGUAUUGACAGUAACGGUAGUUACAGUAGCACUUCCAGUGAUGUGUGCAAUGGAACCAAUAGACUUAAUUUGAAUUCGACUUCUGUAAGAGAAUCAACUUGUAGUCCAAAUAAAUUGAAUGAGAUAUACAAUGAUGAAACUAAAAAAGCUAAAAAUAAAAUACCUUCAGAUGUCAAUGAAAUACAAGAAUUACAAAAUUUAAUGGAAAUUCAAAAUGAUAAAUUGAAUGAGAUCAAAUCGACGUAUUCUCAACAGAAUUCAAAAUUAGCAAAAACAAAUUCUGCUCUAAUGAUGAAAGUUAGUGGAUUAGAAAAAAUUAUUAGUGAUUUAGUGAAAGAAAAUAUUGUACUCAGAUCACAGACUAUCUCAAUUAGAAAUGAACAGGAUCAAAAGUUAGAAGAAACUUUGCAAGUGUUAGAGAAUGGUCUUUAUCAAAAAUUUGAUGAAAUAUUUUAUAUGAUCAAUAAUAUACGUAGAAAGGAGAAUUUACCAACCUCAAGUGGACGGAAAUUAAAUAGUAAAGAUGCCACAAGAUAUUCGUACAGAGAAAGAAGUAAUACUCUUCUACCUGCAGAGCAUAGACGAUCCUUCUCACAAUUGAAAGAUAUAACCAAUAUCGAAUCCAAUCAGGAUGAUAGUUUAACUAAAAUUAAUAAAUAUAAAAGAGAUAAUGAGCUCUUUAUUACAGAAGAGGAGAAGAAAAAUAAAAAAAAUAAUGACAAUAACAAUGAUAAUAGCAAUGAUGAUUCUAAUAUAAACAAAUUUAUUAAUAAUGAAAAUACAGCCACGUUACCAAAAAAAAGGAGAAAGAGUUCCAGAAGAGAAUCAUUUGUAUUUACUGAUGAACAAGAAUUUUUAGAUGCUGCAGAUCAUAACAAUAAUCUAGAGAAUAAUAAUAUUAUUGAAGAUAGCAUUAAAGAGAUUAGACAAAUUGAGUUCGAAAAUAAUAAAUCUUUGAAAGGAUGUGUCAUCGAAAAAAUUAAUGAAGAACCUGAACUUACGAAUACAACAAUAACACAUGAUUUGAUUUCCUCAGAGUCAGAAUCGAUAGAACAAGAAAUCGAUAAUAAUCCUCCUGAAAACUCAUUCACUUUCACAAAUUCAAUUAUCGAGUAUUCGAUUCCAGAAGAAGCUACCUCUGGCCAAGAAUCGAAUUCAAACAUUUUUGCCAAUUCUAAAGAGGAAUCGGCAUCCAAAAAUUCAUCUGCAUCAUCUUCACAAAAACUUCAAAUAUUUAAUGACAGUACAGAAGACAAUAAAUCUGAAAACAUAAACGAUUUAAGUUCAUCAUUACCAUUUGACAAAAGCUCGAACCAGCCUGAGCAUGAAAACAUGUUCAUUCAAUUACCGUCACAGAAUAAAAUUAAACAUUCAAUGAAACCAGCAAGAUUGCUAGGCAAAAAGAAAAUAGUCGAUGAGAUUAUGCCAAUAAAUGCAUCGUCUGUUAUCGAUGAAUUACCUAAUACAAGACAAAGAAGAACUCGUGGAAAAGCUGUUGAUUAUAAAUUACCUUCAUUAAGAGCCAAAAUGAGAAGACCAACAGAAGGGUUUGUGGAUGCUACUACUGUUAUAGAUAUUCAUGAUCUUCAAGUUAAUUCGAAAGGUAAAAAAAACAGGAGAAGUAAAGUUUUCUUGGGCAAUACAAUGAAUCUACCAAUUAAAAUUGAGGAUACAAGUCUAAAAAUUCCUGAUAUUUCGAGCUCUACCACUGACACCCCUUCUAGUGAUAUUAAUCAUGUGGUUGGGAAGCAAACUGUCAAUACACCAGAGAAUAACAAAAUUUGCAGGGAAAAAGAGUCUUCCGUUCAAGAAUUUCCAAAAGUUGAGCAAAACAAUGACUUCAUAAACAUAAAUAAAUUAAAACUGAAUUCUUGGCCAAACGACACAAGCCCAUUAUUGAAGAAAACUCAAUUUUUACUUAAGAAAGGUCGUCCAUCAAAGACUAUUAAGAAACCUAAAAAGAUUAAUAGAAAGGCUAAUAGCAUGAUAGACUUGAAUGCGUUAAAUAAAAAACAGUCAUUAAAUACUAUCCUGGAUACUGACAAAUCUGUACCUAUAACAUUAGAAUCACUGCCAUUACCCAAUUUCAAGAACAAAAACUCUGCAUUACAGGAUGUUACAAAUACUAGAUCUAAUAAACCUACAAAGACUAAAGUUCUUUUCAAAAAACCUAUUGUGAACAAUUUUCAUGAUGAAAAUUCAGCUGUUUUAGGUGAAGUUAAAUUUUCAAAAGAUAAGGAUGUCUCAUCAUUUAGAUUAAAUGAAGAAGAUCUGUCCGUUUUUGAUUUCAUGGGGCUGAAUAAGAAGAAAAGCACACCUAAAACAUAUAGGAUAUACAAUAGAAAGUAA